AUGUUUUAUUCUUUGCCUUCAGAAACGAAGCUUGACGUUUUUAAAUGUCUCAAUUAUCAACAAUUAUUGACAUUCAAACUGACAAAUGUUUAUUUUCGUGACUUUGUUAAUAAAUAUGAGGGGGAACUUGCUAAGGAGAAAAUCCAUAUGAUUUCUCUUGGUGAUAUUGGUGGAUUCAAUAAAAUUCCUCGUAAAUCGAUUAAACGUGAAGGUAAAAAAUUUGACUUUCCAUUGCCUGAAGAACUUGAAGAGAAGUUCAAGAAUGGAUUUAAAAAGCCUAUUCCUUUGGUUUUAUCUUGUCGUGGUGCUGAAGAUGAAGGGAUUCCCCUUAUCUUGAAGAAAGUUUUUACUGAACGACUGUUUGCCUCUACUUUUCACAAUAUUUUUCCCGGAAUCGACCCAUCUGAUCAUCUUCCACAAGUUGAAAAAACAGAAAGAUAUACACUUCACCUGCCACCAAUGAUCAAAAGCAAAGAGGAUAUCGAGAUUGUUUACUAUUAUUUAAACAAGUUGUUUAAGUGCUCAUUCAAAUUCUCCUACUUUGAAGACUAUAUAAUCAAUCCAGAAUUGAUUAGAUUAUUAUUUGUGGAAGCUAAACAAUUUUACGUUCAAAAUUGCAAUAUUUCUACUCAAGACUACAAUGUUGGAAUUUUAUUGCAAUUUGUUUUGAAUAACUUGGCUAGUGAAAAUCAUCAACUUAUUUUUCAUCCAUUGGGUGACGACACUAUGAAGAAAUAUAAGGACGAUUUGUAUAAAAUUUUAUUAUAUGGAGGAGACAAAUUUGGGAAAAUUUAUGUGAUGUUCCAUUCUUCUCCAAAAUUUUACAAAAAAUUUUAUAAGCAUAUUGUUGAAGUAAGUUACCUGAUAUGUGUUAGAAAUAAGUGCACAACACAGCUGAGUCCCGGACACCAUAACUUAUGA